AAACAUUUGGUAAUUUACUUUUUGAAACUGGACGAGCUAAAUCUCAGGAGAGAAAGAACUUCUUUGCUUUUUAUGGAAAUGGAGACAACGAAAUCUUGACAGUGUGUGUAGUGAGAGGGUCAGACUUUUCCCACCGUCACGAUGCUGGCUCUGUCCAGGUGUUCGACAGCAGCUUUGAGGUGCAGACUAUCCCUACGCUGCUCUGCCCUCUCUGUGGGGAGCUCUACCAUGAGCAGCCAGCCCUCCAUCGCAGCAGGCCCCCAGUUUCUAAGAACCCCGGCUGCUCAGUUUCACCAAAGUAAAGCCAAAGCCAGUCCCGACCCAAACAAACCCGCUUCAGUGUUGUCUUCCGAGUCCUGGCUGCAGGGGGACCUGUUUGGGAUGGGGAUGUGGUCGCUGGGUCUGGGUGCUGUCGGAGCUGCCCUAGCAGGGAUCUUCCUGGCCAACACUGAUCUGUGUCUUCCGAAAGCUGCCAUGGCAUCGCUGGAACAUAUUGGAGAUGCUGACCUGAACUCCACCGUAGACGAUGGCAAGGUCAUCAAAGCGAAGAGUCUGUGGGAGAGGAACGGGGCUGUGGUCAUGGCUGUGCGGCGACCUGGAUGAUUUUUGUGCAGAGAGGAAGCCUCUGAGCUGUCCUCUCUGAAGCCCCAGCUGGAAGAGCUCGGGGUCCCUUUGGUCGCUGUGGUGAAAGAGAACAUCGGCACAGAGAUCGAGGACUUCAGACCGCACUUCGCCGGGGACAUCUACAUAGAUGAAGAGAAACGCUUCUACGGCCCGCUGCAGAGGAAGAUGGGGGGUCUGGGCUUCAUUCGCCUCGGUGUGUGGCAGAACUUCAUGCGAGCCUGGAGGUCCGGUUACCAGGGUAACAUGAACGGCGAGGGCUUCAUCCUGGGGGGCGUGUUUGUCAUCGGACCAGGAGACCAGGGGAUUCUCCUGGAGCACCGUGAAAAGGAGUUUGGCAAUAAAGUGGAGAUUGCAGAUGUUUUAGAAGCUGUCAAGAAAAUUGUGCCACUGAAAUAAGCUGUUUUUGGUACUAAAUUUCUAGAAAAAAUAGCAAUAGACAAGAGCAGGCAAGCUUAUUUAGAUCAAAGCUAGAAUCGAGUAAUAAUUACCAUGCUUAACAUGACAUGUUGAGUUGUCGCCUGUCACUGCUGUACCAAUAUUAUAAUGACAUUUAAGUCUGUUUGCAUGAUCACAGUAUACCUCUGUCUUUUGCACAUUAAGCUAUCUGUUGGUAAAGAAAAUGGAGCUGGGAAAUGCAGGACAGAGUCAAUGUCAUUACAGGAUUUGUUGCUAAUUUUUCCGCUUUACCUCUGCAGACACCUAAAAGUUAGUAUUUUGGAGACGGGUAUUUAAAACAAGGAUAUUAAGGGACCUAAAGGCAGUGUUUUCAUUCAGGUACAUCGAUGUAAAUUAUUCAAUUUAAAGUCCGUUGAAAUUUUCUGCCCUUCAGUGAACCAUAUCUCUUUCAUUUGUAGUUCUAUAAACACCUAGUCGUGGUACAUUUUUAAUAACGUUCCUGUGUGUAACUUUUCUCCUGAUCAGACACCUGAACUUGCCUCCAACAUGGCCGACAAGUGUGUGUGUGUGGUCUGUGUGUGUGAUAAUGACAACUUGACUCUAAACUCAAAGCUGAGAGGAGCAGGUUCGAUGCUCAAACACGCACAGAUUCACCAACUGUCACCGUGUUGAGGCGUGUUCGUGGUGACUGAAGCAGGUGUUGCUUGCAUGUGUGUGUGUGUGUGUGUGAGAUAGAGAGAUAGAGAGAGUAUGUAUCUGUAUGUGUGAAUAGCAGCUGCAGUGAAUAAAAAUCACCCACAACAUAAAUAAAGACCUCAUCACCACAUGUU